AUGCACAGAACCAGCACCAGAACCAGCAACAGAAAUAGUGUACCCUGCAGUAAGAAGGCUUUCCCUCCGGAAUACAUUGAUACUUUGCCAAAACAUGUCAUUAAUGGUAAUGUUGGUAAAACAGUUCUUUGUGAUACCGAUCGACGGGACAUGUUCUAUUGUCUGGGGACCCUUGGCAAGAGUCGCAAGUAUGACGGCAGCAGCUCAACUGACCCCCUGCACCGCAAGCUCCACCACCUUUCCUUUGUCAACAGAAAGCGCACUGACGUCGAACUUGCAAAAUCUUUGCGUGCAAAAUUUGAGCCAGGUCCUGUCCUUAUUCUUGGCAAUUAG